UGAAGGAAGGGGAAUAGAAAAACAAAACAAAAGACAAACAGCAUUCUUUUAAUCCGCCCCGUCAUUUUUUCUCGUCAGUUUUGGAACAGCAACACCGGGCGGGUCUCGCGAGGCACGCGCAAGCCAGCCGCCCUCGGUUGUCAUAGUAACCGCCCGCGCGGCCUGGCUCGGGGUGGGGUGGGGGAUGAUGGCGCCUCAUCCUCACUCGUCCCGCUGUUCUGAGUCUGCGGCGGCUGCGCUGAAGCAUCUGCAAGGCGUGGAGAAACAGCUUCAGAAUGAAAGACUACUAUUCAACAAAGAAACUGCCCAGCACCUUGAAGAUGCUGUCAAAGCCAUUAAAAAAUUGGAAAAGGAAAGAAAAGAUACAAUUGAAUUGUUGGAAGAAGAGACCAUAAAAAACUGUAAUCUCCGUAUCAGAGUCAAGAGUUUCCCAGCAAUUGUUAUGAAAGAAUUUGAAGAACUUGUGGCUGCUGCCCAUCGAUUUCAUCUUAACAAGUUAAGAGAAGUAGAAGCUUCUAUGAAUGAAACUAUUGCUGCAGUACAAGAGGCGUACACAAAGCAAAUGUUCUCUGAAGAACAAAAUGAAACACUGUGUAAAGAGCAAGAUCAAAGCUGGGAGAAAUAUAAUGAAAUUGUCCAAUUAGUAAACCAACAAAUGGCUGCAAGGCAUUCCAUGAAUAUUAAAAUAAAUGAACUUCGCAAUAUGACAAAAAAAGAGGAAGAUGAAACGGCCAUGGAAGAGAUUGCCAUUGAAGAUCUAAAGCAAGUGAUGGCUAGAGAAGCCCUUCAGUUUAAAGAAAAUAAAGCAUUGUUAGAGCUACAGAUUGAAGAACUUCAGAAAAAACUUCAGAUGAGAAAAAAUGAGGUUGCGGAAAAGAAGAAAGAAUUUGAAGAGUUGCUUAAAAUACUAUGUCGUUUACAGAAGAAAGUUUCAGACCAUAAUCGGAUUGUUACUGAUUUGAAAAAGGAGUUAGAAGAAAUGUUAAAAACCAUCAAAAAUCUAAUACAAGAGUAUGAGAGGAAAAAGGCUGAGAAAGAGGAGCUUAUUAAAAAAAUGCUUUGUCUUCAGGACAAUCUAGUUUCAUUAGAUACAGGCUUUGAUGAAGAAAGAGAAAAUUUGCUACAGCAGCUAGAGGAGAUUAACCGGAAACUGCAGGAACUUCAGGAAGUCUAUCAAAAAGUCAAAGAGGAAAAUGAUAUUCUUAAUAUGCAGUACCAAAUGUUAACAAGUGAAGAAGAUCAUUUUCGUUCUGAAAGAGACAAACUAGCAGCAGAAUUUGAAAAGUUAUCCAACUGGCUCACAGAAAAGCUUGACUAUAUGGCAAAGCGUGUAAUAGAAACAAGAAAUACACAGGAUGAGCUGGAUGAAAUGCAGGAUAUAUAUGACUCUACACAUAUUAGCUAUGCAAGAGAACUGGCACUUUUAGAAGCAUCAUUGAAAAAAGAAAGUGAUAAAAGCAAACUGUUUCAGAUGGAACUUGAAAAAAUUACAGCCCAAUAUCAAAAUUUACUGGAAACCAAUGAAAAAUUUCUGACCGAGUCAAAGCAAAGCCUUGAAGCUAUGAAAAAAUCCUAUAACAAGUUAAAAAAGGAGAAUGAACAUCUCAAUAAAGAAAUCAAGAAGUGUACUGAGCGUCUCAAUCAUCUCACUUCCAAGCUGCAAAAAAAAGAAGCCCAUUAUAAGAAAUACGAUGCUCACUUAACAACACAAAUUGGAAAAAUCAAGGAAGAAUACAAUUCUAAAACAAAACGUAUAGAAGAAAUGGAAGAAAAACUACAAAAGAAUGUUCCCCUUGCAGAAGAAUUACAAAAAGAAUUAGAAGAAUUAAGCACCAAUCAUGCAAAACAAAAUGAAAUAUAUAAUGAUUUACGAGAUGAAGAAAGCAAACUUAAAGUAGGCAUAGAGCAAUCAUUAAGGGAAAUUAAGAGACUUGAAAGGCAAAAGGAAACUGCGAAGACAGAACUCAAGAGGAACAGAGAUGUAGCAUUUGAGCAACUGACAAGUUUAACAUAUUCGAUUAAGUUUAUUGAGAGAGACAACUAUGAAAUAGAUAGAAUGCUCUUCAUUUUGAAUGGCGAGAAUGCCCGGUUAAGAGCUGAAACUGCGAAGACAGAACUCAAGAGGAACAGAGAUGUAGCAUUUGAGCAACUGACAAGUUUAACAUAUUCGAUUAAGUUUAUUGAGAGAGACAACUAUGAAAUAGAUAGAAUGCUCUUCAUUUUGAAUGGCGAGAAUGCCCGGUUAAGAGCUGGCAUUGCAUAUCUCAAGGAAGAUAUCUCUACAAUAGAUGAGGAUGCAAAGACCUAUCAGUUAAAGAGACAACAAAUCCAGCAAUGUAAAAAAGUUCUUUAUGAACUGUUUGUCAAGAAAUGGACAAAGGAUGAUUAUCUACAAAAGAUAUUUUUCAAGUACCAGCAUGAGCUCUUGAUUAUUCUGGAAGAAUAUGUCAGAAGAAAUAGGAAGAGAAACGUUAAGGUUGACUACGUUCAUGAAGGGCUACAGCUAAACUAUGAAGAGAUGGAUUCUCUGUUAAGAAGCAAAUCUUUGGCAGAGUGAUGAAGUAAGCAUUUUGAGGAAGUGCCAAAUAUUUGUUAAAAGUUUAUGUUGGAAAAGCAAACAUUAUCUUCUUCAAAACAGAUUCUUCACAGCUUGUAUAUGUGAAAAGAUGUCUUACUCUGUCAAGUUUAGAACAGCAGAUGUUAGUUUUCUAGAACUAUUUUUUUAUUUGGUUGUUGGGACAAACUACUGUAACCUUUAUUAGAAAGGAACACAAAGUAUGCAGGUUGGUUGCUACUAAAUGUUUUUUAAAAAUCAUCUACCUGACAAUAAAACUCUAUUUUUUUAUUUCUAGGAGGAAAAAAAUAAGGUAAAAUCCAACAAUGGGCAAAAAUUAAGUUGCUUUUCCCUUGGAUUUUUUUAACUUCCUAGUUUAUUCACUAGCUCUGGGAUUUUCUGAUGUCUUCUAUCAAAAUACUACUUAGGUUGAACUCUGCUUAGUUUUUUCUUUUUUUCCCCAAAUAAAAGGUGUCCCACAAAAACCUUGCUUGCUUCCGCUUUAGAGCAAUAUAACUUAAAGUCUGUACUAGAUACUCAGUUGAAUUUCUGAAAUGUGUAUCUUAAAGUAAUACUUUAGAGGAAACCAAUCAUUUCUAAGCUAUAGUUUAUUUAAAAAGAAUGAAAAACAGAUAAGAGACAAACUGCUUUAACCAUUAGACAACCUAAAAUCAGUAAAUUGUCAUUUCCACAUAGAUACCUAAAAUCUGUGUGGAAUUCCAAGAUCUAUUAAUCUUUUAAAAACAUUUUCUGUAGCUGAAAACAAUCCUAGCACAUUUGUUUCAGUAGUGGCAGACAAUAGUUUUUUCCUGUUUAUUAUACUUGAUUGUUUUUUAAAAAAAUAUGUAAGUAAAACUGCUUGGGGAUUUAAAUGUGAGAAGAAUGUGCUGAGUCUCAGAUGAAGAAGCCUAUAACCCAUGACAAUUUUUUAACAGAUGCUUUAUUUUUUCAUUUGUCAAAUUUAUAGGCUGCCCAAAUUCAGAACUCUUAACAG